AUCAUUUAUCUUCGUCAAAUCAAUGAACAGGUCAUUUUCUUUUUGUUAAAGUUACAAGAAUGCAAGGGAUCGUACACUUGGGUUUCAUAGGCCUACUACGAAUCUGAAGCUUUCACAACCAAAGGAUCACUGGUUAUUGGCUAAGUCUGGAAUAUGGAAUGGGUAUUUUGGGGUUUGGCAGCUGUUUGUGCAGGUUUAAUUUUGUUUUUGGUGAAGAUUGUAACAAGGAUGUGGUGGAAGCCUUUGCAAGUGAAAAAGUUCUUUGAAGCCCAAGGAAUCAGUGGCCCUCCAUACAGGCUAUUCUAUGGGAAUACCACAGAUAUAUCCAGAAUGAUCGAUGAGCAGAAGUCCAAACCCAUGCCACUCUCACAUGACAUGCUCCCUCGAGUUUUUCCCCAUUUACAUCAGUGGAGCAGAAUUUAUGGUUACGAUUAUGUUUUCUGGUUUGGACCGAAUGCUAGGUUGGUCGUUCCCCAUCCUGAGCUUAUUAAGGACAUAUGUUCCACUAAAUUUGACAACUAUUCAAAGCUUCCGACAAAUCCCCUUUCAAGACAACUGGUUGGACAGGGACUUGUGGGGUUGACAGGUGAGAAAUGGGCUCGGCACAGAAAAAUCAUCAAUCCUGCUUUCCACAUGGAUCUUUUGAAGGGUAUGAUUCCAACAAUUAUUGAAAGCAGUGCCAAUCUGUUGGAGGAAUGGAGUAAAUUGGUGUUGUCAGGUGCAUCGGAAAUUGAAGUGCUGAAGGAGUUCCGUGAGCUCACAGCAGAUAUUAUAGCCCGCACAGCAUUUGGUAGCAGUUUUAUAGAGGGAAAGGAUAUAUUUGAUAUGCAGGCUAAACAGAUGGUUCUUACAUCUGAAUUAUUUCACACUGUUUAUAUUCCAGGUUUCAGGUGUUGGAAUUUGGAGAUAAAUAUAAGAAGAUGCUUAAAACAAGUUAUAGAUGCGAAGAAAAAGACUGCUGGAAUGGAGAAAACAGGUAGCUAUGGUGCCGAUCUGCUUGGUUUUAUGAUGUCUGAGAGCAAGCAGCAGGGGAGAGUCAAUGGAAAAAGUAAUGCAAGCCUGAGCACGGAGGAAAUAAUUGAUGAAUGUAAGACUUUCUACUUUGGUGGUCAUGAAACCACAUCAGUACUGUUGGCAUGGAGUAUAAUAUUGUUGGGCAUACAUCAAGAUUGGCAAGAGCGAGGUCGCAGAGAGGUGUUGGAAGUAUGUGGGAGAAACAAUUAUCCAGAUGCAGACAGCUUAAGUCGUCUUAAAAUUGUGGGAAUGAUCAUAAAUGAGGUCAUGAGACUUUAUCCACCUGCAGUGGGUGUAUUGAGACAGGCUUGUGUGCCAACGAAAGUUGGAAGGAUCUCAAUUCCUGCAGGCACCCAACUUGAGCUUCCGAUCAUUGCAAUUCACCAUGAUACUGCUCUGUGGGGAAAUGAUGCCAAAGAGUUCAACCCAGGGCGAUUUAGUGAAGGAAUUGCAAAGGCUGCAAAGCAUCCAAUGGCAUUCAUGCCCUUUGGAACAGGGCCAACUAAAUGUGUGGGUCAGAAUUUUGCCUUGUUGGAAGCAAAAUUAGUGCUGGCCAUGAUUCUGCAAAAUUUUUCUUUUGUGACUUCACCAUCUUAUACUCAUGCUCCUUUGCUUGUAUUUACUCUACGACCUCAAUACGGACCUCAGAUUAUCUUCCACGUGGACUAAUAUCUGAGAAUAAUACUACCCUUAAACUCCUCUGUGAUUGAAAUUUGAACUGUCUUUGUAAAUCUAAUGUACAUAAUAUUAAUCUAUGAUUUUAUUGGGCAAAUUUACUAUGACCACGCCUGUGACCACAUGGUGAGGAGGAAGCAAGGAAUAGGACCCUUGGAAAAGUGUAGAGACCAUUACCCUAGUGGUUAUGAAGCUCUUGCAGAUAAAAUGACUGCCAAUGCAACUUUGCAAACUUGAACUUAGAUCUACAUAAGUAAAUUAGAGCAAAUCAGAUGAUGUAUGAGAUUGUGAUCUCCCUCUUACUCUCGUCACUAAGCAAUAUUAUUUAUGUUUACUCUUGA